CGGAAGCCCAACCAAAACAAUAUCUCGGCGGGUGGUAAUAGGUCCACUCCAGCGCCACAAUGCGCUGUUCAGCAACCAAGAGGGGCUGUGCACGUCGCAUCUUCACGUGAAAACGCCGAGGCGAACCGUGAGGCUCACUGAUGAAAAAGAAAGCCAUUCUCCAGCCUCCGCUCACAGCUCAUCAGUGAGGCUCGUAUCGCAUUGACUAACGCGAGAAACUGGCAUAGCGAAGACUACGCCGCUCAAGCCAUGGAGAAUCACUUCAUCCCCGAAGGUGCAAAACGUCGGCGCUUGGAGGCGACACAAAGUGACCCAACCGGCUCGGCAGCAACCUGGAAGCCGUCUACGACACCCGCUCCACGGUCCGCAGGUGAAUUGGUCUGGGCCAACGACAGUGGCGGAGGAUUUGCAACUCAAUUCAAUUUGAAUCCAUUGCCGGCCCUAAGCCAGCCCGAAACCAGCUCCUGGAGCAAGAGUAAUCGGCUCGCUCAGGGAAACCACGGUGUCGAUACAAGAUGGCAAAGCAUGAACGACCAAAAUCUGUCCCCUUCCCCGUUCUUAGCUCCAAGCUAUGGAUCUUUUCCGGUGAUGGUUAGGGAAAGCUGGAACACAGUCACGACAGCUCACGAAUACUCUAUGCCGCAGUGCAUGGACUGGAACAUUGGUGGUCGCCUUGGCCAAGCUCAACCAGAUCUAAAUACUUCUUGGACCAACCGCAGACAGCUCGAUCAUCACUCACGGGUGGCUGCCUUGCAUUUUGAACCGGCGCCAAAUUAUUCUGCCAAGGUUUAUUCCUAUGGAGCCAUGCCAAGUGUACAGUCGUUGGAGCCUAUUCGAUCGAAUGCGCUCAGUACGGAAGUCCCGUUCCAGACACAGAUGGUGGUGGCAACCCAAGCAAAUCAAACAGUCAGUUUAGGUUCGAAUAUAUCAUGUACAAACAAUGGGACAAAUGGGCUCGUGCAAACGCCUUCUAGAGCUGACGGGGACGAGUUCAUCUGUUUUGGCAUGGUGAGAACGUACAAAUUCUCUCAAGAGGGCCCAUCCGCUUACUUAUGAGACGACAGGUUCUAGGCAUUGCGGGAGAAUGCCAACUUCCUUCUGGGAGUUAUCAACAGCUAGGCUCUUCCACUCACGCCGU